AUCAUGAGGUCGGUGACCAAAACGAUUUCGUUUUGGACUCUCAUUCUGGACAUAAACGACGUCGUAUCUACCGCCUUCUUCAUCUUCUUCCUUUCUCUGUAGAUUCUUCCUUCAAUUUAACGCAGAGUUUUUAAGCAAUGGGGUUUAAAACCUAGAACAGACCAGGGGUAGUUUUUUCUUUUUUUCUUUUUUUCUUUUUCUUAUUCGCUGUCUGCGACUUCCAGUUGUUGGUAGUGGUUCAAGUACUCUGAUUUUUCUCGCUUCUGUUCUUUGAUUACAAAUCCUGAUUUCUGCUUUUGACGAUCUUAACCGGAUUCGAGAUUUUUGUUAAGAGAGGAGAGGGGUAAAGAAGGAUAGGUUUAAUUUGACAUGCAAACGGAGGCGAGGGUUAGUGUGAUGAUGGAAGGAGGGCAGAGAGCUCUCAGCUCUGGUCAUGGAGGAGUGGUUUCUGUCGAGGGAGGUGCCAGAAAUUUCGCUCCCAAAAAGCAACAGUCGCUUCAGCAAUCGCAGAUUGGGACGGUGUCGCAGCUUCUCUCUGGAGGCGUUGCUGGUGCUUUUAGUAAGACCUGCACAGCACCACUCGCACGACUUACAAUUCUCUUUCAGGUGCAAGGGAUGCACUCUGAUGCUGCAUUGCUGAAGAAAGCCAGUAUAUGGCAUGAGGCUUCACGAAUUGUUCAUGAGGAAGGAAUAAGAGCUUUCUGGAAAGGAAAUCUUGUUACAAUUGCUCAUCGUCUGCCUUAUUCCUCGAUUAAUUUCUAUGCAUAUGAACACUUCAAAAAGUUACUUCACAUGGUCCCAGGUCUUGAACAUCGUAGGGAUCGCAUGAGUGCAGACCUUUUAGUUCACUUCCUGGGUGGUGGCUUGGCAGGAAUUACAGCAGCAUCAACUACAUAUCCAUUAGAUCUUGUAAGGACUCGCCUUGCUGCUCAGACGAAAGUGGUCUAUUACAAAGGUAUUUGGCAUACUCUGGGAACAAUUUGUAGAGAUGAGGGUUUUCUAGGUCUUUACAAGGGACUUGGAGCGACAAUACUGGGUGUUGGUCCCAACAUAGCUAUCAGUUUUUCAGUUUAUGAAAGCUUGAGGUCUUUCUGGCAGUCUCGUAGGCCUCAUGAUUCUACGAUUUUGGUUAGCCUGACCUGUGGCAGUCUAUCAGGCAUUGCAUCCUCUACAGAGAAACAGGCUGUGGUGCAGGUUCUGCACCAAAGUAUUUAACCAGACUGACCCUAGAGACAGAGACCAGACUGGAGUUAUAUUUUGUUUCGCAUUAUGAAAAUUUUAGUAAGGAAGUUGAUUAAAAAAAUUCAUAUUACCAACUUAAUUUUGUUUUAUCACUCAUAAAAAUGUUGCGUAAGAUUGGUUUUAGUAGCUGUCUCCCCAAGCAUUGUGGUGGGGAUUAAUGGAGCUUGGCACUAUUAAUCAUAUACAUAUACUAGAACAUCAUUUUCAGGUGUGAGAGGUGCCCCAUCUGAGGUAUGCUUCUCACUUGGGCUCCCUUUUACAUUUGUUAAAUGGAUCUGUCAAUCCUUGAAGUCUCAGUAGUUCAUCGUGUGUCUCUUUGAGGACUUUGUCAUGGUCUAUUAGUAUGUGUAUGAGGCUAGACCAGUUCUGACUGUGCUUGAGUUAUCUUGUGGAAACUUAGUGCUGAUGCAAACGUGCAGCAUCAUUGUGCAUUUUGCUUGAUUUCUAUUUAAACCAACGUGGUUGACUCUUGUUUAGUGCUCUGUGCAUAGGACUGUUUGUUUGAAGUAUAAAAAUUAAAAUUGAACA